AUGGCCCGGCAUGGUGGCAAAGCCUGCUCCUCCUUUGGUUGGGCCAAAGGUGGCGCUGUUGUUUGUGGCUUGUGCUCCCUGUACUUCACCUACAUGUUGGUAUCCCUCGUGCCGACUUCACCUGAUCAUUUGCCGGUGCUUCCAACGAAACCUGUGCCACCUGCAACUUUCAGUGCAAGGACCUCCGGAGCUUUGGCGGCCGAGCCCCUGAUUGUCUCUGGAAGCCCUCCAGGACUCAGAAGCUUCACAUGGACCGGCUCGGCAGGUAUGCUGAGGAUGCGGACCAGCCGCGUUUCGAUGGAGUUCAUGUCGGCGCGUCUUCACUCUGAGAAAUUUGCCCCUUGCAUCUUCCUGUCGGACAGUCAGAUGGAUUGCGGCGGUGCAUCUGCAAGCUGGCGGUCACAAGUCUAUGAGGUGGGUUCAUCAGGGGCUGCUCUGCGAUGGUGGCUGGACUUCUCUGACACGAUCUCCCAAGUGCGCAUAGCGGCGUGGCUCCCCAAUGCAGCUGUCGAGGGCAGUGUGGAUGGCUCCCCUGUGACUGUCCGGCGCCGACCUGCAGUUGUGCCCUUGACCUCGACAUGCCAGGCGACGGCAAGCAGCGAGUAUCAGGCCCGCGGCGCGGAGAGGAUGAUCGACGCGGAUUACGACACUGAGUGGUUCGCGGCGAAGGGCGAACAGGAGGCUUGGAUCAUCAUGGAGCUUCCGGAGGAAGCUGCCGUGGAGUCUGUGGCCUGGACGUGGUGGGCCCAAUCUAUGGCGGAUGAGUGGUCUCUCUCCAGCCGCCGGCAGGCAACAGGUCCCUGGACUGAGCGCUCUUCUAGCAAGUCGAGCCCCAAGCCCACCAGCAACUUCAAUGCCGAAGUCCAUGUCAGUGGCUGGCAGGAACCUUCCAGGUAUAUCCGGCUCCAGAUGCAGAAGGGACACCAGGAUCCUUGGAACUUUGGGGUCUUCUUUGGCAUACGCUCCUUUUCGAUCUGGGGCCGUGAUGAGUCGGCACCUUCUGGUGCUUCAGAUCUCUGGCAGGAAGGUUCCAGCCCUGCGGGACUCUGGUUUGCCCUGGAGCAUCCGAGAGCGCGCUGCAACGUGCAGGGCCACGCCACUGCCCAAGAGCCUGUUUCCCCAACAGGCCCGGUUUGGCGAAGGGUAGAGUGCACGCUUCAGCUGUCCGAGAAGCCCACAGGCAACGUACAGGUCUCUGCAUCAGUCGGGGUUUUCGAGGAUGGGCAGUACCCGCAGCUGCGGCGCAUCUUUUCCCAGUACCUGGAGAUGGCGAGAGGUCGACAGUUUGGCCAGACGCUGCACUACAACAGCUGGUACGACCUUCGCAGCAGUCCCUGCAACGGAGGGGCGAAGCUGGGCUGCUUCUCGCACAAGAUGACAGAGGCGGCGUGCGAAGAGCGAAUCGACACCUUCAAUGGAAACCUGACGCUCCACGACGGAAACUCCCUGGAUGCAUUCUUGUUGGAUGAUGGCUGGGACAACUCCGACAGCUUGUGGGAAGUGGACAGGAAGAACUUUCCUGGAGGCUUUUCUUCCUUGGUCCGGCGUGGCACAAAGUGGGGCACGAAGAUGGGCGUUUGGAUGUCGCCUUUUGGAGGAUACGGAGUCGCAGGCGGACGCCGCGUCCGCCACGGUGUCUCCCACGGCUUUGAGCGUAGCCGUCGUGGAGGCUUUGCGUUGGCGGGCCAGAAGUACUUUGCAAGCUUCCGCUCAGUGGUUCGUGACCGAGUCGCUGAAGGAUUCCGGCUCUUCAAGUUCGAUGGAUUGGGUGGUGGCCUGGGACAAAGUGGCGGCGAGGAGGAUCGUGAUGACUUCGAAGCCAUGCUAAGUCUGAUCCAGGAUGUGCGGUCGAUGGGCAACACCGAGGUCCCACUCUGGAUCAGCUUGACCAUCGGCACUUGGCCGUCUCCUUUCUGGUUGCUCUGGGGGGACUCUAUCUGGCGAGACGGUCCGGAUGUGGGCGCAGAAGGCUUUGGAUCAUCGCGAGACCGGUGGCUAAAUUUCCGCGACGGGGCCUUGCGAAGAGCACAAGCACGCGGUCCGCUCUUCCCAAUGACUGCCUUCAUGCAGCACGGCGUGGUUUGGAGCAAAUCCGCAGAGGCUGCCGACAUGUGGCCCGCCACUGGUGAGACCCUUCUAGUGGACUUCUGCAAGGAGGUCAUGUCAUUCUUCCUGGCCGGCACAGGCCUACAGGAGCUGUACAUUCAGUCGGAGCUGAUGACAAGGGACUACUGGAAGGUGCUGGCGGCCACGUCAAGCUUUGCACGGAAGGAGCAGAAGCUCCUGCGCGACGCGCAUGCCAUCGGCGGUGAUGUGCGGGGUGUGUAUGGUGCAGCUGCCUUCGACGAGGCCGACUCCCGUGGCCUCUUUUGGUGGCGUAACCCCACGGACGGAGAUCAACACGCCACUUUCCGCCUUGCAGAGGUCCUGGAGCUUCCUUCCCGCUUGAUUCCAGCCUCAUGUUGGAACAUCAAGCCCAUCCAGCUCGCGACAGCUUGCCCGAGCUCACCAUCGACUGUGGACACGGUCUCAUCCAAUGAGGAGGUUCGAAUACCACUGGAGCCCUUUGCCGCCUAUGCCUGGAAGGUCUCAGCCGCAGCCUGCUCAAGAUGA